GACAGGCCCGGGCUGGGAGAGGACCCCCUGUAUGCAGUGCCAGAGCAGGUGGCUGCUAGGUUGAGGGCCAAGAAGGCUGUGUCAUCUUCUGCUACACAGAGCACCCAUGGUGAGAUCCCAGAGAGUGUGGAGCCGGUGUUGCUAGAGGCUCUGGGGGCGUGGCAGAAGGCGGAGUCAAUGAGAGACAGUGACAUCACUCUUGCCAGAAAUAACUAUUCACGAGCUGCCACUCUACUGACGAAGGUGCUGUUGGAUCCAGCAGUGGACCCAACUCUCAAACAAAACAUCUCCUCCAAGAGACAAGAGGCUCUAACCAAGUGCAGUGCGAUGGAGACACUGAUCAACCGCAGCAAAAGGUGCAGUAAGUGUAGCUUCCAAUACCCAUACACAUACAGUGCUCUAUAUACAGAUAUUGAGUCCAGGAAACUAUAUGCAUUAGAUACUUGCUGGGCCCCUGAGCUAUGUACAUUAGUAUAGUUAGAGUGCAAUGAGGAAACAGCAUCAGGUUCCUCAAGACUGCAUUUCUUCCUGGACGAGGCAUCAUGUGUAUGUGUAACCAGAUUGUUUAAGAGGUGUACAUGCGGAGGUUGGUGGAGCUGAUACUGUGAGCAAGCGCUACUUUCUUGCUGGGAAGUCGAGCGAGGUGUUCACAGGGAAAGCUUGAAA